UUCGCCAUUCAGUUUCCCAACAGCAAAGCGGGCGUUGUUCAAGUUCGACUUGUUCGCUAUUGUUUUUGUUAACCCAUAUUUUAUUUUCGCUUUCUGUUAUUUUGUUUUCGGAUUUGUUUAUCGCUGUUGUUGUUAUUCGCUCACAAUAUGUCGCAGAAAAGUGUUAGGCAGCUAAUACAAUUUACCAAUUGUCGCCUGGUGCGUGAUCAUCGAAUCGUUCCCGAUGAUUUGUGGGUGCGCGAUGGCAAGAUCAUUAAUCCGGAGCCAGUGUUCUUCGAUGAGCGCGUCAAGGCGCAUCGUCGCAUCGACUGCGGCGGCGCCAUCAUUGCGCCCGGCUACAUCGAUCUUCAAAUUAACGGUGGCUAUGGCGUUGACUUCUCCCACGAUACAGAGACAAUCGAGGCGGGCGUCCAAAAGGUUGCCACUGGUCUCGUCAAAUGCGGUGUCACCUCGUUCUGUCCCACCCUGGUGACGUCACCCAAUGACACCUAUCACACAAUAUUGCCACGCAUGCCACACCACAUUGAGGGCGGCGCUGGCAUUUUGGGCGUACACGCGGAGGGACCCUUUAUCAAUCCGCGGAAAAAGGGCGCCCAUCCCGAGAACUGUAUACACACGAUUGACAAUGGCAUGGAAACGUUGCGUGCCACAUACGGCUCAUUGGAUCGGAUCAAGAUCAUAACGCUGGCGCCGGAACAGGUGAUGGAUGCGAGCGUCAUCAAUCAGCUGGUCGAUGCGGGCAUCACUGUCGCCCUGGGCCACUCCAUGGCCACCCUGGGCGAUGGCGAACGGGCCGUGGAGCAUGGGGCGACACUGAUAACGCAUCUGUUCAAUGCGAUGCUGCCGUUCCAUCAUCGCGAUCCGGGACUGGUGGGACUGCUCGCCUCGGAUGCGAUACCCGCUGGCAAGACCAUAUAUUAUGGCAUCAUUUCUGAUGGGGUGCACACGCAUCCGGCCGCAUUGCGUAUAGCGUAUCGCACCCAUCCACUGGGCCUGAUUCUUGUGACGGAUGCGAUUUCGGCGCUAGGAUUGAAGGAAGGCAUCCAUCAUAUUGGCCAGCUGCCGCUGGAGGUGAAGGGGGGCAAGGCGUUCAUAGCCAAUACGGAUACACUGUGCGGCAGCAUUGCGCCCAUGGAUGAGUGUGUGCGCAUCUUUAAGCGUGCCACGGACUGCUCCACGGUGUAUGCAAUUGAGGCGGCCACCCUGCAUCCCGCCCUCUGUUUGGGCAUUGAGCAUGAGAAGGGCACCUUGGACUUUGGCUCGGAUGCCGAUUUUAUACUGCUCGAUGACAGGCUGCAGCUGGUGUCCACUUGGAUAGCGGGCAUUUGUGUGCAUCAGCAGUGCAGCGAAUAGAGUACAUCUACCAUCUGCCAUCUCCCUCUUUCUCUCUAUCUCUGUCUCUUUCAAUCACACAACAAAUAGCUGUUUUUGUUUUUUGUUUUUUAUUUCUGAUUUAUGUUUUUUUUUGUUUUUAAUAUGAUUGGAUUAGAUGACGCUUUAAAUUGUUCUUUAUAUUUAAUCAUUAAAUCAUUUGGUGUGCACAACUAAGCUAAAUCCAUAUACAUUUACAAAUAAUAAGUAUUACGAAA